UUAGAAAUAACGAUAAAGGAGGAAUUUCUCUCUCUUCCAAUUGGUUUCCUGAAAGAGAUUCUUGCCGAUGAAGGUAUCUGUGUAGUCAUCGAGAACCUAAUUCCGGUUGCAGAGGAACGGGAAAGGGCGGUGUUGGAAGCUGUUUUUAAGUAUGUGGAACAUGAUCUAGCAAACCGAAAAAAGAAUUUGCCAGAAUUGUUAUCUUUAGUACGACUUCCAACCAUAUCAAAGUCUUAUUUGAAAGAAAUCCUGUUACAUAAGCUUCUUGCAAACUCGUGCACAGAAUGGAUUGCAAAGGCACAGAAACUGCAAAUUGAUUCCUCUGAGAAAGACUCACCGGAUGAAAGGUGGGCAACCACAAGGGUAUUUGCCAAACCUGUAGUCUGGUGGGGGCGUUGCUUUGCAAGUGAUGUGCGGAGACUUUCUGUAAGAUCACAUCACAGUGAUGAAAUGAUUGUUGAAGAUCUGAGAAAUGAUGUGUUUAUAAAGGGAAUGGAUUUAUGGAUCCGUCAAUGGUGUGGGACAUCUGUACUAGGUGGCCUAAGGAUUUUCUACAAUGGUGACAGAGAGGUGAAGUUUGGAAGUGACUCCAGUCACUGUGAACACCAUGAAUUUCAUCUGGAAGAAAAUGAGAGGAUUGUUAGAGUUGAAGUAAACUCUGGACUGAUGAUCAACCAGCUCCAAUUUUUUUCAAACAAGAAAGACGAUAAUGGAGAACCUAAAUGUUAUGGUCCUUAUGGAGGGGAUGGUGGAGGAUUCUUCUCUGAAACUCCACCAGGGUCAUACGGUUUCCUGGCAGGAAUUGGUGCUGCAGUAGUUUACUCACAAGGUGAAGAAGGUAUCACCAGACUUCAGUUUGCUUGGAGGACCUAUGUGUUUCCUGGCAACCAAGAGCCAAUGAAAAGCAGAUGCAGUGUUAAUGAUUACUUCCAUGAUUACGAUGAUGAUGAUGAUGAUGAUGAUGAGAACUUUACAUUUACAGGAUGGGGAUGGGUGUGAUAUUAAAGAAAGGAUAAGACUUUGUUUGGGACUAAAAAUGGUGAAUAAACAUGUCACGACCUUUUCUGCAUUUAUGAAAUUGAUUAAAAACUUUUAAAGAACUCAGUUGGCACUUUUACUCUGGUGUGAGCAAUCACAAACUUUGUUUCAUUUUUAUUGUUCAAUUUCAGGCAUGUGCUCAUUGGUUAAUUCAAAUGAUGUGAAUUUUAAUGACAUAAUAUGUUUUGUUGUAUGUGCGAAAAAAAAAUGUGGAUUUGGGAUUUUUGAGUCAAACUAGACUUGUCAUGUUCCUGCAGUAUUUAGAGGGGUUUUCUAAUCAUUUUACAGACUUUGAGGGCUGUUGGGAAAACUGUCAGAUUAAUACAUAUAUAGUUAAUCUGGUGGUUUUAAUAACAGUUUCAAAUAGAUUCUAGUCACUUUAGUCAUAUUGGUAUGAUGGUUAAAUACCUGUCUCAAACACUGUAUUUUCCAUCUGACGUAUGAAAAGCAACUUUGGAACUUUCAAAACUGUAAGGAUAAUUUUUAUGUGGUGAGAAAUAUUCUUUAUAAUACAGUUUGAUACAAAGUCAGAAACAAGGGUAAGAUUGCCGCACAGCCCCUUACUUCAUAGUUCUUGGAUAAAGAUGGCUAACAAAUAAUUGAUUGCCUUUGGGACUGUGGCUUUGUUUUAGAGUGAUAUGAGGCUGUGCGGAAAUCUUUCUGGAACAAGAUUAGAACAUUGCACUACAGUGGGAACAGUUAACUGAAAUGUGCAUAAAAUAUAUGAAAUGAUAAAUGUCAUUCAAAACAUUUCAA